AUGAACAUUUACUUAAUCUGCAAUGCAAGUGUAAAUGUGUGUGAAUAUAUUUUUGAAAAGCUUUUUUCAUUUUUUUCUCUCUCUCUUUCUUUCCAUGAUUUUUCAUUUCUUUAUUUUUCUUUCUAUCUUUUUUUUAACUGUAUUCUUUCCUAUCCUCUUUUAUUUUUAUUUUUUCAUUUCCCUGCUAUGCUUCUUCCAGUAGUUUUUUUUAUUUACAUAUCUAAUUUUUUUCUCUCCAACUCUCCUCCUCUCUUUUACUUUACUUUAUCUUUUAUUAUUUCUUUUUCAUCAGUCUUUCUUCUUUUUUUCUUUUCUAUUUUCUUCAUCACUUUUGCUAGCCUCAAUUUAUUUCUUGCUAUUUUCUGUUUCUUCUCUUUUUUAUCUCUCUUUUUUUCUUCCUAUUUAUCUUUCUAUUUCUCUUCUCACUUGCUUUUUCACAUUCUUUCUCUUAUCUGUUUCUUUCUUUUGUGUUAUUGCUUCUCUCUAUCUCUCAAUUUUUACAAAUCAGACUUUUUACUUGUUUCUUUCUUGCUUCAAGUAUCAAAAUUGAUCUCAUACUUCAUUUCUUUCCAAUUUUACUUUUGCCAUUUAUAUACACACACAUAUCUAUCUAUCUAUCUAUCUAUCUAUCUAUCUAUCUAUCUAUCUAUCUAUCUAUCUAUCUAUCUAACAUAUAUAGGAAUGGGGCUGCAAUUUCACCUAAAGUCCCUGAACUUAACACCACACCAUGCUACACCAAUGUAUCUUUCUUCUUUUUCUUCUUCUGUUUCUCCCCUUCCUCAUCCCUCUCAUUUCUGGACCACCUCCACCACUACCACCACCACUAUUCCAACAUCAAUCUUCCUUUUUUUCUCUCACACCCAACUAACAGCUCCCCUUCAUCUCACUUCAUAUCUAUUUUCCUCCUCUCCCAAUCCUUUAACUGCAUCCUCUCUGCCUGUUCUCCAUCUUCUGUCUCCUCCUUGUGUCCUUCUAGAUUUCAUUAUUCACCUUUCUUCACUCUUCUUUUCUUACACACCCCUUUUUUAUACCUGCUUUUGUCUUUUCUUAUUUUCUCUUUCUUUUUCUUUUUUUUUGUUCUCUCAUCUUUUCUUUCCUUUCACUUUUUUCACUCUCUUUUUCUUCCUCUCUUUCUUUCUCAACAUCCUACACCUGUUGUUUCUUCUAUUUUAUCCUUCCUCUCUAAUUCUAUGCUUCUUUUUCCUCAUCCUUUCUCUUUUUCUAUCCUUCAUCAUACUUUUUUUCAUGCCUUCUUUUUGCUCCUUCCUCAUUCUUCUUUUACUCACGGCCUCCUCCUUCCUCUCUUUUCUUACUAUGCCCCUCCUCCUUAGUGUUUAUAUUUCACCUCCCUCCUAUUCUUUUCUAAUUGUCUUUUCUCUCUUUUUCCCAUUAUCCUCUUUCUUCAUAUUUCUCUUUUCUUUUCUUUCCUCUUCACUCCUUCAUUAA